AUGGAACAUCACGAUCGAAAGGUACAGCUCCUCAUCAACGCGGUGGACUUUAAGAAGGCCAAAAAGCCCUACUUCUGGUCCAUCACCUUCUUCACCCUCUUCCUUGUCACCCUCUUCCUGGGUCUGCUGAUCAUCUGUCUGCGCCACGUCUACAUGAACAUUGUCCUCUCGCCCUACCUGGGUGAAGCGAUCGGUCCACUCAUUUGUGGAAGCUCCUUCCUCUUCCUGGGCGCCGGGUUCAAAUUCCUUUAUGAUGCCUACCAGAUGGGGGCCAAGGAACGGCAGAAAAUAAAGGUAUGUGUUGGUGAGACAAUGGUUUCAUAG